AGAAACUCCAACCCACCUCGCUGGACAUGCACUGAAAGAUCCCCCGCCUGGAAACUUCGAAACUGGAAUUUGGCCCGCCCAGCAAAAAAUUGACUGGCACCGCGCAGCAGACGAAUAUCGCCAGACCGAGCGAACUCACACUUACGCCGUCGACUCGGCACAUUUCCUACAGCCAUACAAAACGUCAAUCUGGCAGUUUCGAGUUAGUACAUCGCCCAUCAUGCCUCCGAAGAAGGAUCAGAAGGGCGGCGGGAAGAAGGUGGACGCCAAGAAGAUUGUCGAGGACAAGACCUUUGGCAUGAAGAACAAGAAGGGUUCUGCCGCUCAGAAGACGAUUGCCCAUCUCCAAUCGUCCAUGAGAUCAGCUGGUAGUGCUGAGCAGAAGAAGAAGGAGGCCGAGAAGGCUGCCCGUGAGCGUGAGAAGAAGGCCGCUGAGGACGCGAAGAGGGAGGCCGAGCUGCUCCUCAAUAAGCCAGCCCAGAUUCAAAAGGUUCCUUUUGGUGUCGAUCCCAAGACGGUGCUGUGCAUUUUCUUCAAGAAGGGCAACUGUGAAAAGGGCAAGAAGUGCAAGUUCUCGCACGACCUAGAGGUGGAACGAAAGGUGGAAAAGAAGAAUCUAUACACCGAUACUAGAGAAGACGAGGACAAGAAGAAGCAGGAAACAUCGGCCGAUUGGGACGAAGAGAAGCUUCGUUCCGUCGUUUUGUCAAAGAAGGGCAACCAGCGCACCACCACCGACAAGGUGUGCAAGUUCUUCAUUUCAGCCAUCGAGGACGGCAAGUACGGUUGGUUCUGGGUCUGCCCGAACGGCGGUGACAAGUGCAUGUACAAGCAUGCCCUUCCACCUGGAUUCGUCCUUAAGACCAAGGAGCAGCGUGCGGCGGAGAAGGCUUUGCUCGACAAGUCGCCACUCAAGACGCUCACCAUCGAAGAGUUCCUCGAGUCCGAAAGACACAAGCUCACCGGCACCCUCACACCUGUCACCCCCGAGACGUUCGCCAAGUGGAAGAAGGAGCGCUUGGACAAGAAGGCGGCCGAGGAGGCUCUCAGGAAGGCCAAGGAAGCCACUGGUCGUGCGCUGUUCGAAAGUGGCAACUGGCGGACAAUGGACGACGACGACGAGCCAGAAGAAGACGAUGCUGCAUGGAACUUGGAGAAGCUCCGCCAGGAGACGGAGGCGCUCAGGAUCAAGAAGGAAGAGGAACGGUUGGCUCAGCUCCACGGCAUCCCCUUGCCGGCAACAGAGGCGACUGCGGAGACUGGGCCAUCAGAGCCUGGCACUUGAGAUUAAGCAAACCAAACGAUCAAAUACAACGUCGCGCCGCCGUUCGAGGGCGAGUGGAGCCCAAAAAGAGAAGCUCCUUUCCCUCGGCGGCAACAGCGCCGUGCCAUUCGUAUGUCACUUGUAUAACGUACUGGGAGAAAGUCUGGCAGGUUUUGAAGUGAUUGGUAAUUCAGUGGGAUCAGGGGAAGAUGGCUGGCUGGGCGUUUGGGGACAUCUUUAUCUACCUACUUUUACACGUAGCACACAGAUUGGGCAUGCCUCGGGCGAGGUCAACACUGGGCGUAUACAGUCUCUGUUUCCCUCCGCGUUUGACGAGGCUGGCAUGAUGAACACUGACCUUUUCCAGCAAUAGCGUGUAACCAUGCUGGUUAUGAUUUGAAUGAUAUAUUCCGCAUAUCGCAACAGCAACAUCACGCUUUUCCCAUAUCAGAACAUGGAUUAGACCCCUAUUUCGCUUCAUGGCAUUACAGUCCUUAAAACUUCUCUACAUACGGCCUCAAAUCCAACUCUUGCGUAAACGCAGACCUAUGCUGCGUGUGCAAAUGCCAGUAACUCUCCGCAAUCUAAUUUUCCCUGUCAGCAACGCCCCUUUAUAUCCCCAUUCACCCAAAGUCAGGACUUACAGCAUCACUAUUGAUCUUCCCAUCCUCCACGCCCCCGUUCGCCUCCCACUGUUUGGUACGAGGGAUGUCAAUCACCCCGUCAACGAUAACAUGCGCCACGUGCACCCCCUGAGGACCAAACUCUCUCGCCAAACUUUGGGUCAACGCCCUAGCAGCAAACUUCCCUGCCGCAAAGGUAGCGAACUUGGGGGAACCCCUCACAGAAGCGGUAGCUCCGGUCACGAUGAGAGAAGGGGGGUGAGGAGGGGAGGCAGAGACGGAGGAGAGCAAAAGGGGGAGGGUCUGCUGCGCAAAGUUGAAGAGGCCGACCGCGUUGGAGGAGAGGGAGGCGGAGAGGUGGGCGUCUUUGUGGUGGUCUUUGAUUGUUUGGAAGGCGGAGGCUAGGGAGGUGGCGUCGGAGGUGUCGGUGGGGAUGCCGAGGGCUUGUCCGCCGAGGGAGGUGAUUUCGGUGACGAUGGGGUCGUAGGAUUGGGGGGUGCGGGCUAGGAGGAUGACGGGGUAGGAUUUGGCGAAGCGGAGGGCUAGUGAGCGGCCUGUUCCUGCGCCUACGCCGGCGAUGAUAGUGUAGAAUUUGGACAUGGUGAAGGGUUUGGGGGGGAGUUGUUGUGGUGUAGAGGAGGUGAGUUUGGUGGGA